AUGCAAGGGGUCAAAGCGACAAGCUCUGACAAAAUCGAUCAAGGAAUUCUGUUAGACCCACACCGUCAGGAAGAUCGGAUUUCGGUCGGCCCAAACCAACACCGACGCUUGACGUUGAAAAAUGAACCUUUGGCUGAGCUGCGGACUGCUUUCAGUUGCAAGGCGCAGCUGUCGUAUGCCGACCGACUUCGCCAAGCUUCCAAGUCAAAUCCAACCCCAAAGCAAGAGCCCGCGCAGACCCCAUCUGGGUUUGCUACUCGUGCUGUGCAACAGAACGCAACCAAGGCUGCUCCUACCUCUGCCUCCACGUCGCUGAGCGCUGCCGCCUCUCAGCCUAGAAGGCUAUCCAAUGCUUCCUUGACGGGUGCUGCCCCUGCCUCCGGCAGCGCGGCGAGAGCAGCCGCGGGUCCGUCAGAGGUCAAGAGUGGUGGUGCUGCUGAGGAUGCUAGCUCUACGACCCAGGCAAGCAGUGGCCCUACAGUCAACGUAUGGGAGACUCGUCGCAAGCAGCUCGCAGAGCGCGAGGCUGAAAAGGAGCGUGAGCGUCGAGCGGGACCUUCACCGCAAAAGCAGGCAGCAUCACCGGCUGCUGCAACACCGAAUGCUGGAAGCGCGAGUCACAAGUCAGGACAGAAUCCUGCAGGGCCCAAGAAGGCCAACGAGCGCCAUUCAAAGGGCUCAUCCACCUCCAGCCAAUCCGACCGAAAGGCUGUCAAAUCGGGAAACCAGGCUUCAAGCCGUGCGCCAAACUCGGCGUCAAUAUCUUCGACCUCGACCAGAGCGACAACGAGUCUGCCGACGGCCCCGGUAUCGAACAGUUCAAGUGCAACCUUACCCAAGUCUCUACCUACCGCAUCCAGAAUUGAGGCUGCUGAAGCACGCCCCGCUGAAGGAGCUCAACCGGCAAACAAAGAAGCUCAGCAUUCUGCUCCCGCUCAGGCAGCGCAGGUGCCAAGCUCGAGCAGCAAGGUGCACACGACAGAGACAGAUGCAAAAUUCAAAGGUACGAAAGAUCCUUCGACGCAGAACCAAGAUGUCGACACUUCUUCCCGCUCGCAAACCGCAGUAGCUCAAGUGUCGCCAUCUGAAGUGCCGUCCGUCGAGACUGGUUCUGUGCCGACUGCAGUCCCGGAAGAAAUUCCAGGAAGCCCUGCUACGGUCGCUUCGGCCAUCGAGGAGGUGCUCAAGAACGGUGGUGCUCAUGGUGCCCAGACCGAAGACGACGAUGCAUGGCUCGCCAGGAUCCAUCUUUUGAACGGCGGUCAAAACAUGCCCAACUUUGGUGGCUUCGGAGCCAACGGCGUACCAGCGCUCAACGAAGAGGCCGAGUCACAAGCUGCCAAGAAGGCAGAACGCGCUGUGGCGGCUGCAUGGGGCGCUGGAAAGAGUGUAUGGAACAAGUCGCAUCAGAGCAGCCAGCAGCCGUCCGCCCCAAACGACAGCAAGGAGACGAAUGUUGCGUCGUCUGCAGGAGCUGACGUCCAGGACGAAGCUGCUGGGACCGCCCGUGACGAUUCCGACGUCAAGGACAAGGAGGCCGACAUCCUUUCAACAAAUGCAGCGGCUUCCAACGGUAUUCCCAGCAAGAGCACCGAGGUACGCGGACAGGAGACUCCCAAGGGGACGACUUCUGGGGAAAAGACAAACGACGCUGAUGCAUCGUCAUCCAAGAGACUGACUAGCCCGAAACCUGGAGCUCCUGCACAACCGCCAAAGUCCGGGAAGCGUGCGGCGAAAUCGAAAGUCGCGGGUUUGCCAUCAUUCGAAGAUGUCAACAAUUGGCCUAGCCCGCUCGACGCCGGCAAGAAGCCUGCAGAUAAAACCAAGGCAGCAGCGGCUGGUUCCGGAGACGCGGACAAAGCGGAACAAAACAAAGCAGGACAGUCCAAGACACCAAAGAGCUUGUAUGAAACGCUCGACGAGUUGCAAGUUAGACUUGCACCCGGCGUCAACCCGCAGCCGUCUGGAAGCGUCGCAGGCGCGAGAAAGGGCAAGCAACAGUGGGUGCCGAUCUUGCCAGAGAUUACGCACACAUCAGCGCCCGCGUCAGGCGGCAAGCCGAACCGGCCCGCGUCCGAUGCUAGGACGCCAAAGGCAGGGCAAAAGCAGCAGCAUUCGCAGCAACAGCAGCAGCGCAAGGAAGGCAAUAGGAGCGGUCAGGCACAACAGUCGUCUCAAACUGGCAAGAAGGAUGGCGGCCAGAAGCAGAAGGUUGCUCGAGGCGAGGGUAGGGCGCUGGCGAGGGAUGGAACGGCGGAUGCUGCGGCAGGCGCGAAAGCGGGAGAGUUGCAGAGUGGCAGUGGCAAGAUCGGUGGCGGGGUCAAAUCGAACGCAGCGUCGCAAGGCCAGGCCGCUUCUGUGCAGCAAACCAACAAAGCGGAGCAGACUCAGGCUAUUGCCAGUGACGAGUCGGAACCUGCUGGCGCCGAGCCGCAGCCAACAGCAUCUUCCGCCACAUCUCCGUCUGCCUUAGAUUCAUCGUCCAAGCAUCCGCAGCCGCAGCAAUCGACACGCACCAACGUCCGUCCACAGCCCAAUGGCACCUCUACGUCGUCGCUGCAGCCACACCCCAAUGGUGCGAGACCUUCCAAGAGCUCCGCAUCUUCUGGUGCUGGUACCCCCGCCACCAACCGCAGUUCUCCGCGCGGAUCGGUGGUUUCCUCGCCGAAAGCGCAUCCUCUCCCGCGGCCUGCGCCACAGCCAACCCAAGACCUCUCAACGCCGUACGCCGCUCCCACGCCGCCCAUGUACUACGGACCCUCCGGGGUCGCUACACCCAUGCUGUCUACCUCACAGCCAGCGCCAUAUCCAUCUUGGCUGCCGUACAACAACGCGCACACCCGACCAUUCUUGUUCGACAGCACGGCGCAGACGGGUGCAUCGCUUCCAUCGGGCGUGCUGGGGCAAUUGUUGGCGCAGAUCGAGUUUUACUUUUCUCAGCGUAAUCUGGAGGGGGAUUUCUUCUUGAGGCAGAAGAUGGAUGAGGAGGGGUGGGUGGAGAUCGGGGUGGUGACGGGGUUCAAGCGCGUGAAGGGGAUUGUAGGGGAGGGGGAUGAGGGGGGGAUGGUGAGGGAUGCGUUGGGGUGGAGCAAGGUGUUGGAUGUGGAUGCGGGGAGGGGGAGGGUGAGGAGGAGGUACGGCUGGGAGUUGUAUACGAUGAAGGCGUCAGGUGGAGGCGAGGAUGCGGCGGACGCAAGGGGGAAAGACGACGAGGAGGACGACGAGGCGUUGGGCGUCGUCAGUGCUUCAGGUUUCGGUGGCAAGCUCGAGGUAUAA